AAGCCACUCAGGAAUUUUGGGUCCCCUGAAAAUUCCUAACCUUUAAUUUCACAUACACACCUCAUUUUCUCGCACUUUCUCUCCACUCUUACACCUUUCCUAGAAAAUCAAACAACAAUGGAAUUUUGUCAGGACAAUGGAGCUACUGACCCAUUGAACUGGGGCAUGGCUGCAGAGUCACUAAAGGGUAGCCACCUUGAUGAGGUGAAGCGUAUGGUGGAUGAUUAUAGGAAGCCUGUGAUCAGGCUAGGGGGUAAGACCCUGACCAUAGCCCAAGUUACAGCAAUUACCAACCGUGACUCCAAUGUCAAGGUUGAGCUCUCUGAGGCGGCUCGAGCUGGGGUCAAAGCCAGUAGCGACUGGGUUCUUGAUUCCAUGAACAAAGGCACUGAUAGUUAUGGUGUCACCACUGGUUUUGGUGCAACCUCUCAUAGAAGAACCAAGCAGGGUGGUGCCCUUCAGAAAGAGCUCACAAGGUUCUUGAAUGCUGGAAUCUUUGGAAAUGGAACAGAAUCUUGCCACACAUUGCCUCACUCAGCAACUAGAGCAGCUAUGUUGGUGAGAAUCAACACCCUCCUGCAAGGUUAUUCAGGCAUAAGAUUUGAAAUUUUGGAAGCUAUUACCAAAUUCAUCAACAACAACAUUACUCCAUGUUUGCCCCUCAGAGGCACAAUCACGGCGUCUGGUGACCUGGUUCCAUUGUCAUACAUUGCUGGGCUUUUGACUGGCCGGCCCAAUUCCAAGUCAGUAGGGCCCAACGGAGAAUCCUUGGAUGCAUCUGAAGCCUUUAAGCUAGCUGGAAUUAACGGUGGAUUCUUUGAAUUGCAGCCCAAAGAGGGUCUAGCUCUAGUAAAUGGUACUGCAGUUGGUUCUGGGUUGGCUUCUAUGGUUCUUUUUGAGGCCAAUGUGUUGGCAAUCCUAUCAGAAGUUUUAUCAGCAAUUUUUGCAGAAGUUAUGAACGGAAAACCAGAGUUUACUGAUCACUUGACACAUAAAUUGAAGCAUCACCCUGGACAAAUUGAAGCUGCAGCAAUUAUGGAACAUAUUUUGGAUGGGAGUUCCUAUAUUAAAGAAGCUCAAAAGACGCAUGAAAUUGAUCCCUUGCAAAAGCCUAAGCAAGACCGAUAUGCUCUUAGAACAUCUCCUCAAUGGCUAGGCCCACAGAUUGAAGUGAUCAGAACCGCAACCAAAAUGAUCGAACGAGAAAUCAACUCUGUAAAUGAUAAUCCAUUGAUUGAUGUGUCAAGGAAUAAGGCUUUACAUGGAGGGAAUUUCCAGGGGACGCCAAUUGGUGUUUCCAUGGAUAACACUCGUUUAGCCAUUGCUUCAAUUGGCAAACUCAUGUUUGCACAAUUCUCUGAGCUUGUUAAUGAUUUUUACAAUAAUGGAUUACCUUCAAAUCUCACUGGUGGCCGCAAUCCAAGCUUGGAUUAUGGGUUCAAAGGAGCUGAAAUUGCCAUGGCAUCUUACUGCUCAGAGCUCCAAUUCCUUGCCAAUCCUGUCACUAAUCAUGUGCAAAGUGCAGAGCAGCAUAACCAAGAUGUCAACUCAUUAGGCUUGAUUUCUUCAAGGAAAACUGCUGAAGCUGUUGACAUAUUGAAGCUCAUGUCUUCAACUUAUUUGGUUGCUCUAUGCCAAGCUAUUGACUUGAGGCACUUGGAGGAAAACCUCAAGAACACUGUCAAGAACACAGUAAGUCAAGUUGCAAAGAGAGUCCUAACAAUGGGCUUCAAUGGCGAGCUCCACCCAUCAAGAUUUUGUGAAAAGGACCUUCUCAAAGUGAUUGACAGUGAAUACGUGUUCGCCUACGCUGAUGAUCCUUGCAGUGCAACCUACCCAUUAAUGGAAAAGCUAAGGCAAGUACUUGUUGAUCAUGCCUUGAAGAAUGGUGAAAAGGAGAAGAAUUCAAGCACAUCAAUUUUCCAAAAAAUUGGAGCUUUUGAAGAGGAACUCAAGGCCCUUUUGCCAAAAGAAGUAGAAGGUGCCAGGACUGAAUAUGAGAAUGGUAAUCCAGCUAUUCCUAACAAGAUCAAAGAAUGCAGGUCAUACCCAUUAUACAAGUUUGUUAGGGAAGAAUUGGGUACUAGUUUGCUAACCGGCGAGAAGGUUCGCUCGCCCGGCGAAGAGUUUGACAAGGUUUUCUCAGCAAUGUGUGCAGGGAAACUGAUUGACCCCAUGUUAGAAUGCCUCAAGGAGUGGAAUGGUGCUCCUCUUUUCAUAUGCUAAGAUGUUAUUUUAUUAUUUUUUUGUUCUUUCUUAUACAGUUUACACAUGCAAGCUCUUCGUGUUUAUGAUGUUUUGUUUACUCCUUAAAAGAAUCUUGAUUUCUCUGUACUUUGAAUUUCAAUACAAGUGUACAACAAGAUAUGUAACCAAGAUUUCCGUGUCUA